ACCGGAGAAAUCGUGAACCCGAAAGCGUACCCGCUUGCAGAUUCUCAGCUAUCGAUAACGAUUCUCGAUCUCGUUCAACAAGCUGCUAACUACAAGCAGCUCAAGAAGGGUGCUAAUGAAGCUACCAAGACGCUUAAUCGUGGUAUCUCCGAGUUUGUGGUUAUGGCCGCAGAUGCAGAGCCCCUCGAGAUUCUUCUUCAUCUUCCCUUACUAGCUGAGGAUAAGAAUGUUCCGUAUGUGUUUGUGCCUUCAAAGCAAGCCUUGGGAAGAGCAUGUGGUGUAACAAGACCUGUUAUCGCUGCUUCAGUCACAUCAAACGAAGCUAGUCAAUUGAAAUCUCAAAUCCAGCAGCUCAAGGAUGCUAUUGAGAAGCUUCUGAUCUAA